AUUCGUCCCUCAGUGGGGACAUUUGCAGACGUCACUUCCUAUUUGUAGCCGAAGAAGAGAUGAAGGCACAGCGACAUAGCAUGCGACUACAAAUGUAGCAGUUUUCUAAGAUAUUGUUUAGAUUAAAUACAUAUUUUAACUCACAUAUUUUAUUAUUUUCUUUUUAGUAUUUUCUGUCGUUCAUCCUCAAGGUUUGACAUCACGCAUUCGCAAAUAUGCCUGUCCUGUGCAGCACAUGCACUGUGAAUCGAGCUGUGCUAAAACGUCCAAAAACAGGCCACUCUAUAUGUAAGGAGUGCUUCUUCUGGGCUUUUGAGGAGGAGGUGCAUCAGACCAUUGUGGCAGCAAACCUAUUCAAACAUGGCGAGACCGUUGGCAUUGCUGCUUCAGGUGGAAAAGACUCCACGGUGCUUGCACAUGUCAUGAAGCUCCUCAAUGAGCGGUACAGCUACGGUCUGGAGCUGAUGCUUCUCUCUGUGGAUGAGGGUAUCACUGGUUAUCGAGAUGACUCUUUGGAGACGGUGAAGAGGAACCAGCAACAGUAUGAACUGCCUUUGAAAAUUGUGUCAUAUGAGGAGCUCUACGGAUGGACAAUGGAUGCCAUCGUGAAGCAAGUGGGACUGAAAAAUAACUGCACCUUCUGUGGCGUGUUCAGACGGCAGGCGCUAGAUAGAGGAGCUGUCAUGCUGAAAGUGGACAGGAUCUGCACAGGUCAUAAUGCUGACGAUAUAGCGGAAACGGUACUGAUGAACGUCUUGCGAGGUGACAUAGCCCGUCUGCGGCGUUGCACUGCUAUCUCCACAUCCAGCGAAGGCGAUGGGGUCGUACCACGCUGCAAACCUCUCAAAUAUGCAUACGAAAAGGAGAUUGUGAUGUAUGCCUAUUUCAAGAAGUUGGACUACUUUUCCACAGAGUGCAUCUACUCUCCCAAUGCUUAUCGCGGCUACGCGAGAACCUUUUUAAAAGAUCUGGAGAGCAUAAGGCCCAGCUCCAUCAUUGAUAUCAUCCAUUCAGGGGAGAACCUCUCCAUACGAGAGGGGGUGAAGAUGCCCGUGCAGGGGACCUGUAUCAAGUGUGGCUAUAUCUCCAGUCAAACGUUGUGUAAGUCAUGUGUGCUGCUGGAGGGCCUGAAUAGAGGCUUGCCGAAGCUUGGCAUUGGAAAACACCACCGUUUGCAUGAGAAGAUUGUCUCCAAUCAGCCCCUUACUGAGAAGGAGGAGAGAAAGUUAAAAGUGGUUGACAUUUGAUAAAUGAGUAAUUAAACUUAAUAUUCUUUUAUUGAAACAAUUUGAUGUAGUACAUGAUUAUGGUUGUUUCAAAUUGUGCACUUCCACACUUCAUGUACACAAUAUUUAUCUGCUUUCUCUUUUUGCAGCCAAGAUGGCUAUGAUUUUGGGUGGUCAGGGUCCCGUCCCUGCACACUCACCAUGUGGGGUAUGAUGAGUGCAACAUCAUGGUACUGACAGUGCUUCAUUUUGAUGUACUUUUUAAUGAAAUGUACUGAAAAUAUGAAAUGGAUUUGCGUGCAUUGAGAAACAGCCUAUUUCUUCAUUUGCCUUUGCUGCUUUUUUUUUAAAACUAUAAUUCAAUAAAUCCAGUAUUUUAUGAAAUAAACCUAUUUUAAGUUAUUGUAUGCUAUUUGAA